AUGCUCGGGGUGCUGGGCGUGGCGCUGCUCUCCGUGUGCGUCUCGCUGUCGCUCUGCGUGGUGCCGGCGCUCGCGCGCUUCACGGUCUUCCCGCUGCUCUCGGGGCUCGUGCACAAGUUCGCGGCCGCGUACCUGACCGACAGCAUCCAGGUCGAGUACGCCUUCGGCUCCUUCGAGGUGCGCGGCCGCCGGGGCGCCGGCGUGCGCUCGGAGCUGCUGCGCGGCGUCACCAUCUCGCUCUUCUUCAUCCGCCUGCAGAGCGCCUUUCUCAAGACGCUGGCCUUCGCCAAGCAGGGGCUUGCCCCCGUGGAGCUGCGCAGCGUGAGCGUCAAGAAGGUCGCGAUCCACCUGGCCACCACGUGGAAGGUCGUGGUCGAGGUGGAGGGCGUGGCCGUGGACGGCCGCAUGGUGGACCCCAACGUCGAGGGCGUCUUCGAGGUGCAGGACGCCGUGGCCAUGAAGCUCGUGGACGCCGCCAACUGGCUGAACAUGCUGGUGCUGGAGCGCACCAAGACGGAGCUCAGGCAGAAGCAGGAGGAGGAGCGGACGGCCGGCGCGCCGCCCAAGAGCUUUUCGUUUAAAGAUCGCGUGCUGCAGCAGAUCGCCGCGCAGGUGGACGUCCACGUGAGCAACGUGAGAGUUGCCAUCACGGGUCUGACCCCGGGCGUGGCUGCUAUCGACGGACACGACGAUGAGACCGAGGAGAAGGACGACGAGGACGCUGAAGUGGCCACGACCAGCUCCAUCCCCGCUGUACUCAAGCCCACGCGCGUGAGCUUCUCGAUGCAGUCGUACGACCUGCUCACGGAUGUGCUGCAUGACAACGCCGAGGAGGCGAUGCAGCUGGUGCUGACGUCGGACGAGAUCAAGGUCGAGUACGCCAUGAGCAUCAAGGGCAUGGCCAUUUGCGCUGCUACUGUGGAAGACGAGGACGACGAGAAGGCAGCUGUGGAGAAGAAGCAAGACCCACUGAAGGAUAAUGGCGGCGUGGGCCCCGGCGAGACCCCGUUGUUGUCUUUCCCAGAACUGGACUUGAAGCUGAAGGUGCCACCAAUGCCAAGGCUGCUGGGAAUUGUGGAGGACAUUGCCCCUGUCCCAUUGAAGCACCGCCUCGCGCAAGUGGAGCUGACGUCGGCUUCGAUCAACAACAUCUCAGUCACCCGUGAGCUGCUUGUGGGCGUGCUGCGUGACCUGUUCGUUCCGUACACUGACCACCAAAUCUUGGUGCAGUCGGUGCGCGCGUUAGAGCAUGAUGAAACCGUCCGAAAGCCGCUCUCGCACGAAGACGAAACCUUUUACUUGGACAAUUACGACCAAGUGGACACUAACAAGUCGCUGUCGACACAAGAGAAGAAGGACCGCAAUGAGAAGCUGCACGCGCUUGAAGCUUCGAUGUCGCUGAACAAAAUUCUCAGGCUGCGCAGUCGAGCGAUGGGGUUGGGCAAGUACUACCGUCGCACUCAGGAGGAACUGUCGCUUGCGGAUUACACGGCCAUCGUGCAGGAAAACGCUGCCAAGCCAAGCAACAUCAUGUUUAGAGCCAUGCAGAUCGCACUGCGCUGGGACAACAUGAGCAUUGGUUUUGCUGAGCGUGGUCGGCAGGUUGCUGAGAUGGUGGUGGUCGGCUUUGGUGUCAAUGUGCGCACCUUUGCUAUCGCUGAGGGAGAAGAGAAGCAAAAGCUUGAUGUCGACAUGGUGCUGGGGCAAACUACCUUCGUCGUCAAUGCGGGUUCUUCUGCGUUGAGUCCUGUUUCUCCGACAGCGAAGUUGAUGUUUGCCGAUUUCAGCAAGGUUGCAGCCAACUCGGACGCUCUUACACCGCCACAGAUGCUGACAGCUCAUGUUAGUCAAUAUGAAAGUGGGAAGCAGGAUGUGCGCGCUGGUGUGAACAACGUCAAGCUAGUGCUUUCGGCGGCCGCGCUAGAGCAUUUCUUGUUGUACGUGGAUCGCCUGAGUACGAAGACUACCCAAGUGCUGUCAACGUCACGCCCAGCUACGGCAUCUGUUGGUCAUUCCGAGGCAUCUCCCGCACCGGUUCAAGUCGCACAAAGUGAGGUGGAAACGGUGACCAAGGAGGUGUCCAUGUCCCCGUUCAGCUUGCUUGGCGGAAUGCUGCUGAACCUCGAUGUGAACAUGAACGACUGCCACAUCCUUUUGCUCCCAACUGAAUCGUUUUCGAAGUCGCUCUUCACGGAUAUCAACGUUGAGACGUGGCAAAGCGACUAUGUUGUUGAUUGCCGCGUGGAUAUUCCAGCGACACUUACGAUUCACAUCGAAAGCUCCAAGGUUAAGGAAAUGAUGGAGCUCAACGUCCACAGCUUCAGUAUUGGUGCGCAAUACGUUGAAGGUGCUAAGGAGGUGGAACCGGUUUUGGCUCCGACUGCCGUUGUGUUCCAGUUCAAACUGGAACAGGACACCAAGGAUCCCUUGAUUUGCCACCAGAACGUGAUGAUGCAUAUGCCCGACGUCAUGCUUGCAGGAUCGGACCUCAGUUUGUCGUUGUUGGCAUCUUGCGGUGAAGCCCUUGGCAAGAUGCAAACAACGACUCCCGACCAAGCUCGACUUCGGAUGGAAAGUCUCAUGAAGCAAGAAGAAAUUCGCCGUCAGGCUGAAGUUGAUGCCGUUCUCGAUCGCUUGCAUCGUCUAUUCAACGAGAUUGAUGCCAACGGGAAUGGCCGCAUCGAGCUGGGUGAACUGUUGUUACUUCUUCGCCGUGUAAAGGUCGGAGACACUUUGCUGGAAAGCGAGUUAGAGUAUUUCGUCCGCGAGCUGUUCAAGGAGAUUGACCAGGAUGGCAACGGCUUUUUGGAGUUCCAAGAGUUGCGUGUGUACUUGCGCGAUGAUCUACUGUCGGAUGAGGCGGCAGCUUCGGAUUCGUCGGCUGGAAAUGGCAGCAACGCGCUAAACGGUUUCCUCAACUUGCGUGGCAAUGAGUAUCACUCAUUUGAGGUGAUCAACAAAAUGUGUGAGACGAAGAUUACUUCGACUGAGCAACUCGCCGAAUGGAUCAAGCGUCCUGCAUUCGAAGGAAGAUUCUGGGAAUUGUUUGCGAGUGAAACCCGCGUCUCGAAUCGGUCGUUUGGCGACCAGAACCCCUUGGAAGUGCAGAAGAAGCUGGUUCGACUGUUGAAGAACUACGACGCUGCUAAUCUCAUCUGGGACGCGUUAGUGUUGCCCGCUAUGGAAGAUAACUGCACAGAUCACGUCAUAUGUGAGUGGUUGCUGCAACCGUUCACGCACUGCGGUGGAAUUAGCGAGUAUCAGAGUGCAGCGAAAGUGAUCGCCAAGAAGAAACGUGAUGGCAUCUUCAGUGCUGCCCUGGAAGAGGCUGAACACCUGGUGAGCAAGCUCACACAGAACACAAACCCAGUAAAGAAGCAGCUGCAGUUUACGACGGAUGUGAAGAUGGGUAACCUGCGGUUCGUUCUUACGGACACAGAGCUUCCUGCUCGAUUCUGCCGCGGUGACUUUGUCGUGAAAGAUGUGAAGAUGUCGAUGGAAUUGACUGGCAAGGAAAUUGACGAGAUCGGCCCUGUCGAUUGGGUCGGCUUGGCUACCUCUGGCAAUUCGGAAUGGACGGUGCUGUUCGGGUUCAAGUUGUCGUCGUCAUGCUACAGUGACAUCGCGAACGAUAUGGAAAACAUUAUUGAGCCGUGGGAACUGGUUGCUGGUGUUUCAUCUGAUGCUGGUGAAAAUGGUUUCUCUGUCUUGAUGGAGGCUGCCAAGCGCUUCCAGAUCAAUGUUACUCCGAGCGUCUUGAAGACCUACCGCGCCUUGAUGGACGCUCUUGACGGUGAAGCCCAACAGAACGCCCUGCAAAAACACCAGGACAGCUUCCAGAGCACUGCAGCCGCGAAGAAGCACAAAGAAACCGACUGCCUCGUGCAAAACUUUACUGGCUGCAAGGUCGUUCUGAAGCUGAAUGGCAGCGACGAAACAAUCACAGUCGAAGCUCACAAUCGCGCUCAUAUCGAAAAUGGAGCUCUCAAGGACGGUGAGGCUACGCUGGACUCGCUUGAAAUUGACCAGUGGGGAACGAGCAAGUCUGCCGUUAAGUUGCCGUCGUUUGGAAAUGUCAGCGUUGGUGUGAGCACGGCUGAAGCAGCUCCGUCAACGUUGUUUGUCACAGUGUUUUCGCGCCUGGAAAACCCGAAGCGUCAGCUGAUCGUUCUGCGUUCGAACACCUACUUCUGCAACCACAGUUCUGAGUGUUACGAAGUGAAGUACUUGAGUCUCGGUAGCGAGGGAAGGAAGGCUGUGGAGUCUCCCACCAUCAAGCUGCGGCCCAACGAGCGCAUUUCGUUGCCACUCUCGCUUCUGAUGGGUAUCACCGAGUUUUACGCCCGUCCAGAGAAUUACGAACACUGGAUUGUAAAAACGUCGCUGAACAACGACGUGCUAACAUCCACCGAGGCCAUCAAGGAGCUGGAUGAACAUGAAGCCGAGCGUGAGGCGAAAAAGAAGCAGCGCCGAGGUGGUACGAUUGUUUAUGGCGAGACUGAGGAAACAUGCACGAAAAUUGUCAAGCAGUUGACGCCAAACAUGAUUGUGCGUCGCUGGUAUCUGCGCUCGCACUUCGAGUGGGAAUUGGCCCUCUUGCCUCCGUUUGUGGUGCGCAACUCGCUGCCGUAUGAAAUGGAAUACCGUUUUAUCGAGUACAAGUCUAGCUCGUCGAGGGACAUGAAAACUGAAUACGCAAAGGUGGAAAGACUACUGCAAAGCGAGACUUCGUUGGAGCUAUCCGACGGAGUAUUGAGUGGUGUCGUGGAAUCGGGCCACGAUACCGAGGUGUCCGGUGUGUCUGGGGGCUAUCCUGGAUACCUCUCCGUUCGUCUGGUUGCUAAGAAACACAGUACAGGCAAGCACGUAGCAUCACCAUGGUCAAAACCGCUCUUGAUGAUGAUUCACAAGGGUGUGGAGCAGUUCACAACGUCUCGCGAAAGCGUAGACGCCGACACUGGGCUCAAGUUCAACAUUGACCGAAUCACGCUUCCUGGUUACCCUCGGCUCGUGCGGUUUUCGAGCCCCUACUGGAUUGUGGACAACACCUCGCUUGCUUUCGACUUUGCAUCAACCGAGCCUGGUGCGAAGCGAAGUUCUUUCAAGGCCAUGGGCGUGUGCUCACCGUUCAGUUACCCAAUCAUGACAUCGCUGUCGCAAGACCGUUUGAGUUUGAAGCCACGUGCAAAUCUCAAUCAUCGCCCCGAAGCAUGGGGGGCGCUUGGCAAUAUGCCGGAGACGGCAUACAAGUCUUCUUCCGUGUCAGAACAUGCCGUGAAGAACGCUGACUGGUCGGAGCCCGUUAACACGACCGCAAUCAACACGAUGGGCGAGGUUGUGUGUGGUCCUAGCGUCUUUAGCGUGAAGAUGGAAGGUUUAUACGGUCUGUUCGAGCCGGGUGUCUCGGUUACAUUGAGUCCGCGAUACUUCGUACAGAACCGUUUGAACCAGAAGCUGUACAUUCAGAGCUUUGCAUCACACGACAAUGACCCGCAAAAGGUCGACGACAUGUUCCACAAGCGAAGUGCAGAGGAGGUAAAGCAGUUACAUUUGUCGCUGGAGGAUGGUCAAACGACACCCCUGUACCACUUUGGGUCUUUGAAGAAGGGUGAAUCAAUCGAGCAGAGCCAGCGUUACGUAUCGUUCUCAUUCUCCGAGGAAUGGGGCACCGAUGCUGACAAGAAGAACUGGUCGUUUGCAAUCCCGAUCAACACGGCGGGAGACCUUUACCUUCAGGUCUACUCCUCUGUGCGCCAACGUUAUCUGAUUUGCCAAGCAAGUGUUCAAGUCGUGGACAUGUACGUGUAUGUGGUUCUGACGGACGUAUCUUGCGCUCCACCGUACCGAAUUGAAAAUUACACGCCCUUCACGGUGGACUGCGCGCAGCUGGGUGAGUCCUCCAUCUUCAGCAGCGGACAAAAAGCUAUGGCUGUCACGAUUAAAUCGGGUGCAUGGCAUGCAUUUGCCUGGUUCAAUCCGUUGUCAAAGGAGCGCCACAUUGAGCUACGCCUCUCGCACUUGGACGCCCCCAAGACCCAGACGAAGAAGUACGACAUCGACUAUGUGGGGUACCUGGAUCCUAUUACUAUGUGGGUCUCGCGAGAUGGCGAAAAGCCGCGUCCUGUUGAAUUGACUGUCCAAGUUGUCGUCGAGGAGAGUACACGUGUGCUUAAAAUCGCGGAAAGGGAGCUUGAACUGAGCCUCCUAGAGAACCAGGACUCGGAGGGAGAGGGCGAUUUCCAGCAUCGGCGGAUGCUUUAUGCGUCUUCGUUCGAUAUCGCCUUCGAUGGUUUUGGUUUCUCCUUGCUGGAUGGAUUCCCGCAAGAAGUGUUCUUCUCGUCGGUGGAUGUCAUUAAGGUGCAAAAGGCGCCUGCCUCACUGGAGUGGACGUUCUCCGUGUUGCAUUGCCAGGUGGACAACAUGUUAGCGACUGCCAAGUUCCCUGUUAUCAUGAACCCAGUAAACGCCGGUUAUAGUGACAAGUCGGUCGGCAAGGAGCCAACGCCAUUCGUGAAGUUGGUGCUUGAUGCUGAUCUGGAAGCGCGCAUGGGAACGUACAAGCUGCUCGAGUUCAGCUUGAGUGACCUUGCGGUGAAGGUGGAUAUCGAUUAUUUGGUCAACCUUGUGAAGCUGCUUGAGCCGUAUCUGGUGUCCGAUGCUACGAUGGCUCACCGCUCGCGCUUGACGCUAGAGCGUACACUUCAACGCCGCGCGCCUCCAGUGCCUGUCAUGCUGGUGACGGAGGAAGGCGGCAUCCAGACGGAUCUGGUGUACUUUGACAUCUUGCGUAUUUCUUCCCUGUCGGUGGAUUUGGAGUAUUCGAUCACGCGUAAAGACAUUGUAUCGUCUACGGGCGGUGGCCACUCGGUGAUCUUUGGCUUCCUGAGCCAAGUCGUCGGUCUUAUCGGAUCAAACCUCAGCGGCUCGCCGACAUUCAGUUUCAGCGAGAUCGUAAUUGUGCGCUGUUUCUCCACGAAACAGCGCCUGCAGAGCCAGCUUGUCGCGAACUACGUCCAGCAGGGUGUCAUGCAGGCGUACCGCCUUGUCGGUAGUGCGGACAUCAUCGGCAAUCCCAUCGGUCUCGUGGAAGACUUGGGUUCUGGCGUUGUCGAGUUCCUGAAGAUCACGAAGGGUGAGCUGACGGGAGAUGCCCAAACGCGUGGUGAGGGAGUGAAGGUACUGGGCAAAACCAUUGUGAAAUCGGGCGCAUCUUCUGUCGCGAAGAUUACGGGCUCGCUUGACAAGUUUGUUGGCGAGUUUGCCGAUGACAGCAGUGCCAGUGCAUCGGGCGGUAACGAUUCAUCUUCGAACGACAAUGCCGGCCUCAAGUUUGCAAAGGAUCUCGGUCGCGGAUUCACUGGAAUUUUCACGAAGCCGGUGGAAGGCGCGAUGAAGGGCGGCGUAACCGGACUUGUGCAGGGCACGGUACAGGGCAUUGCAGGCCCUGGUGUCGUUUUGCUAAAGGGACUUACGUCUACGUCCCACAGUCUUGCGCUGGGUGUUCAGUCGACAGUCGUGGAUCGCUCCCCGUUUGGCGGCCGCCGUCGCAAGCCGAAGCUUGUCGAGAACGGCAAGCUAAUCGCAGAGUUCGACGAAACCCACUACAAGCCCACAUUGUUGAAUCUGGAAGUGCUGGGUGCGAAUGGUCUGGACUGUGACAAGUCGUGCGACCCGCUGUGUGUGGCGCGUGUGGACGGUGUGGAUGUGAUGAAGACUGCAGUGAUCUACAACACAGUCAACCCGGUGUGGAAGGAGAAGACGCAGCUGGCGCUCACGGGUGACGAGAACGAAGUGCAGUUCGUUGUGAAGGAUUCGUACGGAGGCACGGUAGCGAAGACCGUUGGCAAGUGCAUUCUGAGUAUGGCACAACUGCAGGACGACUUCAAGCCGCCCGAGUAUUCGUCGGACCUGGCUCAGUGGGUGCACACGCAAGUGAAGCCUAGCAACACGAAGAAAAACGUGAGUCAUGUGAUUGAAGAGAAGGACUACCCACUUGUCAUGCUGAAGAAGAACAGCUCCAAGGCAACCCACGCAGCGUCGUUGGGCGACGAGAAGCACCAGGUUCUUGUUACGGUGCUUGCGUUGCGUGAUAUGGUGGUCACGAGCUCGACGGGUGGUGGCGUACUUGGCCUGGGCAACCUAGGAAGCCGUACGCCGAACAUUUCCCCGUACAUCUCUGUGCACGUGGGCAAGGACGCCAACCGCACGAACACUGCCAAGAUGUCGUUCACGAAGAAUCAGAAGAAGGAGCAGGUGGGCAACGCCUCGUGGGGAGAGAGCUUCACGUUCCCGUUGACCGCGAAGGAGCUGCACCGCAGCGGCGCCGACUCGAGGCUAGUCGUUUCCCUCAAGGACAAGAGCAUGCUCGUGGACGCACGCCUCGGCUCUGCGACGUUGGAGAUCGAUGCGUCCCGGAUCAACGCGCCAGCAUCGACUGAGGAGCUGGUUCUAAAGGACCAGUCGGGUCAGCUGGUCGGCUAUCUCACCGUGAAGAUCGAGGUUACGGGCUCUGCGACGUCGUCCCGGUCGCUGUCCAUCCGCUCGAUUACCUCGGCCGGUGACAUGGACAACCUGCCGCCCGACGCCGUCAAGGCCGGCUCUAUCCGAGUGUCCUGCGUCUUCGAGUAA